GGUACAGUCAACGAAUAAAAAAAAAUAAUAAUAAUGCUAUUUCUGUUAACGAAGUAUAAAUGAGAAUCAAUUGAAAACCAAAUUGCAAAAAUAAUAUUUGAAUUGACGGAAUAUGUCCAUACGAUUGGCGCGAAUAAGCCACCAUUUUCUUGACCGUUUGGCACAUUAUUUACGUGAAUAACCUGUGAAUUAUACACCACCAAUUCAUAAAAAUUGUGUGUUCAUAUUUAGACACAGUUAUUAUCAAAACGUAUGACUUAAUAAUGUCAUAAUUUAUAUAUAAUAUCAAAAAUAUCCUACAACUUUAUGAAAAAUCAUGCAAUCUGAAACGAUUUGUGCUGUUACGGAUGAGGAAUUCAACACUGAAACAUUGAUUCCGGUGGAAUUCCUUUAUUGUGAUCAAACCCACCAGAAAUCAAAUGACACAUUACGACAAUCACAUUCACAAGAUGCCUUUUCCAUAGUAGAACUAGGAAAACAACUAUUAGCCAAUGCUGCAGAAGGAAAAACAGAAGCUGUUCGAGAUCUCAUGUGCAGAGGUGCUCCAUUCACCACAGACUGGUUAGGAACUAGUGCCUUACAUUUUGCAGCACAAAAAAAUAGAUUAGAAACUGCCGAAGUAUUAUUAAAAGCUGGAAUUUCACGUGAUGCAAGAACAAAAGUGGAUCGUACACCACUACAUAUGGCUGCAUACGAAGGCCAUCAUGAAAUGGCUUUGUUAUUGCUUAAGUAUGGUGCAGAUGUGGAUAGUAGAGAUAUGCUCAAAAUGACACCACUACAUUGGGCUGUAGAACGAAAUCACAUAGAAGUAAUGCAUGUAUUACUAGAACAUGGUGCUGAUCCAAAUGCUGUUAGUAAAUUUGAUAAAACUCCCAUUAGUCUUGCAUUGGAACAUGAUCGACUCGAUUUGGUCGACAUUUUGCAACAAGAAAGAGAAAUAUCAACAAUUGGAUCAGCUGAAAACUUGAUUCAUUCUGAAGAGUUAGAAGAAGCUACUCAUAAUCUUAUAAAGAUGGAAGCUGAACGACAACAGGAAUAUCAAUAUGUAUUGCAGCAACAAUUGAAUCUACAUAAGCGUAAACAGUUUCAAGUUCAUCACACAUUAAAAAAACCAAAGAUGAUCUUUCAACAAGUUCCAAUAUCAUCAGUUUCACAUAUUAGAAGAGAUGCUGAUAACGAAAUUCAUCUAGACGAUAAUGAUAAUGUAAAUAAUACUGAAAAUGAUCAUGAUAUUGAUGGUAUUCAGGAUGGAGGUAAUAAUAAUGAAUAUGGUGAUAAUGAUGAUGAAGAAGUUAAUAAUAAAGAAGAGAAUGAGGAUGAUGGAAAUCAUGAUAUGGAAGAUGAUAAUGAUGAGGACGAAGAUGAUGAUAUAAGUGCCAGAAUCACUAGCAUUGAAAAUAGUACAUUGAGGAACAACAAAGUUUUGGGAUUUGGUAAUUUGGAACAACCUUUGCGGUUACUCCAAGCGCACGGUAUUACGAUGAUUCCGAUAGACACAGAUUCUAGUAUAGUAGAAAGUGCUAUGGAAAGUGGUCGAACAGUCGUGCUAACAGAAGCUGGUAAAUUAGCACUAAAUUUAACAAGAGGUCAAAAUAUUGGCUUAAAAAGGAUACAAGUUAACUCACAACUAUCAACAUCAGAACAGGUGACAGAAGAGAGUUUGCCUAUUUUGAAUUCUUCAACAAGAGGUCCUAAUAUUUUGAAAAAAAAUAUCGUGGAAAAUAAAGCAGGAAAAUAUUAUAUCUCUUCCAUACCUACCAGCAAAAAAAAUCUGGUGAAUAUUAAAACUAAAAAGAGUACAACUCCAAUAACAAAGAAAAACGUAAAAGUAUCCAUUGUAAAAAAUGACGGUCCACUUUUAUUACAUUUAGACGAUGAUAUUGAACAAGUAACUGAAGAUAUUAAUAACUGCUCAAAUGAAGAUAGUAUAAAACCUGCAAUGGAUAUAGCAACAUUAAAUAAACAAUUAAUUGAAGCGCGAAAGUUAGCUGCCGAGUAUAGGAAACAACUUCAACUGAAGGAAGAGGAAGCUGAAAUUUAUAAACAACAACUAAAAAAUAUAACUGGACACAAACCGUCUAAAUAGUUUUUGAGCAGUUAAAACAUUAUUUAUACACACGUAAAUAAAAGAUUUACGUGAAGAAAAUUGUAAAAAAACAAUUAAGAUGGUGCAAUUACCUAAAUAUAAAUAUGCACAUACAUACAUACCUUAUCAAGGUAUUUAAAUGUAAAUAGAUUUUUUUACUCAUACCAAUUGAUAGAUUACUUUGAUCGAUGGCGAUUAUUUCUACAGUUAAAAAAACGAAAAUUUUUGAUAAUUAUAAAAAUGAAUAAAUGAAAAAAAUCGUUUAGUGAAAUAAUACA